UAUUUCAGUGGCUUGCUUGUAACAGUCCUUUUCCUAAGAAGCGAAGACAAAGCAGCUGCACGAAGAAUUGCAAUGGAAAAGAAGAAAACAAACAUCGAUAUUAACAAGAAUACAAAUGGUUUUACAAAUUCAGCUCUCUCAGUUUCUGUGAUAAGUCAACAAUCUUUCUGUGAAGAUUUGCUAGAUCAGCCAAAGAAUAGUGUAUACUCGAAGGGAGAAAUAUUCAAAAUGAUUAAAUCAUUUUUCGUUCUAGUGAUGUAUCGUAUAGUUAGGUUAACACCAGCGUACGCUUUUGUGAUUGGUCUGAAUGAAAUAGCGUUAAGAUAUACUCAUGACAGAACAGUCUUUGAGCCAGCUAUCUUUGACCAUAUUACGUGCGAUCGAUUCUGGUGGCGAAAUCUUCUCUACAUCAACAACUUGUUCCCUCAAAGGGAGAUGUGCAUGGUGUGGUCGUGGUACAUGGCUAAUGACACACAGUUCUAUGUUGUUGGAAUCAUAUUAUUAUUGAUAUCAGUAAAACAUAUAAAAUUUGCGAUGAUAUCACUUAUAUUGCUGCUAGCGAGUUCUUGGGCGACGACAAUCUACAUAUCAGUAUGGUAUCAAUAUAAAGCGCGUAUUCAGGAACCCUUCGAAAUGUUUGAUCCAUUGUACGAUAAGCCGUGGUCCAGAAUAGGCCCCUACUUAAUCGGAAUGGUUGUUGGAUGGUAUUUGCACAGAACUAAAUGCCAAGUUAAGAUGCCAUAUUGGCUAGUAGCGGUGGGUUGGCCGUGCGCCUUAGCCAUUAUGGCCAGCCUUAUCUUUGGCAUGGUCGACGGCUACUUUGAAGUUUGGCCGACCGCUUUCUACGUCAGCAUUGGACAUACAGGUUGGGGUGUGGCGCUGGCAUGGGUUGCGGUGGCGUGCUGUUGUGGGUAUGGCGGGCUGGUAAACUCCGCGUUGUCGUACCGCGGAGCGCUGCCACUGAGUCGGCUUACCUACUGCGCCUACCUUGUACACCCCACCAUCAUGAUGUACACCUCCUUCCUCAUGGAUGGACCUCUACAUCUACAGAACUCUAUAGUUUUAACCAUCUACGCUGGAUAUGCUGUGAUGGCGUUUCUAGCAUCAUUCGCCAUAUCACUAGCAUUC